AUGACAGAGGUUAUGAUUAAAAAUCCCACUGUAAAGUUUCAUAAACUUAACUACAUUAUAAUAUUAACACUUACUGUUAGCAUCACCUUACCUACAGUCUUUAGUGAUCAAGGUGUUAAUUGGGAUAUAACUUAUCUAUUAAAUCGCCGUUAUGAUAUAGCACGUGCUGAUGAAGAAUUCCCUAUCAAAAUUCAACCACCUUCAGGUGAUCUUUUAUAUAGUGUACCAGCAUUACGUUUAUUUCCACAAUCAAAAUUACCAAAUGAAACAUUUUUUAUUCAUUUAAUAUUCAAACCAAAUAAAACAGCUAUUCAACAUGGAUUAUAUUUAUUCAGUAUACGUGAUCCAGAUAAUGUAUUAAGACUUGGAUUAAAAAUAGUUGAAUACACUACCUAUCAGAUAAUUUUUACUUAUAAUCCAUUAUCAUUUAAUGGUAAUUCAAAAGAAGUGGAAUUCUCCAUUCCAUGGAAUGAUGAUUAUUGGCAUUUGGGAAUAUUAAUUAAACCCGAUCAAAUUGACUUCUAUACAUCAUGUGAAGAAACUCAAAGGAUCGCUUAUCAUUUCUAUCCAAUUCAAGGUUUACUAGGUGAACCAUUAUUCCGUAAAGGUGCAACAUUUUAUGCACUUAAUAGUGGCUUAAAGAAUGCAUCUGAAUAUUUUGAGGGUUAUUUAAAAGCUUUCAGUUUUCAUUCAGAUGAAAAUGCUCUCCGAUAUAUGUGUACCAAAUCGGAAAAUUAUGAAGGAAGUGGUGAUGCAGAUCGUUUUAAAUAUGAUCCCGAAUUCGGAAAUAUAUUAAUUACUAGCUCAAUACAAGACGAUGAAGAGAAGGAGAUUACAAUAGACAAUGAAGAUUAUGAAAGUGGAAAACAAGAGAAUAAAGAGGAAAUUAAAACAGAAACAGACAACAAAGAAAUGGUAACGACCGAGAAAACUGACAUAAAACUGAAAACGGAAUAUAAAUAUAGAUAUAUAAUGAAAGACCCAGGAACAGGAGGUCUAGUCGACAUACAAGAUAUGAAGGAAAAUGUCGUUAUAAACGGAGCUAUAAAACUAACAGAUGAAUUAGCCAUUCUACCAAACGGAGAUAUUGUAGCAACGAAGCCGCUCAUUGAAAACCAACGUUUUAUCAUAGCUGAAAAUCUAAGUCAAAUAAGUGACAGAGAGGUUUACGGAACAUAUAGCGGAGAAAUGAUUAAAGGAGCAGAAGUAGAUGACAAAGGAAUAAUAUAUUUACCAAAUUCAACACUUGCGAUAAUAGUUUCACUCGAUAAAGAUCGAUAUGUCAUAUUGAAAAAUAACAAAACACAGAGAGAAUCAAUAUUUGACCGUCGUCUCGGAACAGAACUAGUAAAUGCCACGCUCCACCAUAAUGGAAUGAUCAAAUUAGCCACUGGACAGCUCGUAGCUCCCUCCUCUCGAGAAGGCUAUAAAUACAUGGUAGUCACAAAUGAAGACGACCAAACCCUUCUAGUUUACGAUCGUUUUACAGGAGAACAGAUCAAGGGUGCACAGGUUGAUCCCAAUGGUUUGAUUCAGUUUGAAGAUGGACGCAUGGCCAUCGAGCCAUCAUCCAAACUAGAUAGAUAUGUUAUAAUGACGGACCCAAACAACGGUGAAAAACUAGUUUUCGACAGACGAACAGGUAGUCAUAUCAAGGAUGCUGUGUACAGUGAAGAUGGGUUGAUUCGCUUUCCAGACGGUAGGCGCGUUGCACCAGGUUCCACUGAUAACAGCUCACAGUAUCUAAUUUACUUCGACCCUACAACGAAGGAGAACUUGGUUUUUGACAGACAUACUGGUGAACAAGUCGAGGGUGCCUCAGUAGACUCACGAGGUUUCAUACUUCUUCCCGAUGGUAAAUUGCAUCUAGAUCAGAACCAAGUAAAGCAUAGGUACAUUGUUCUACAGGAGACAACCGAUAAUACCACAUUCGUAGUCGACACUAAAUCAGGCCAGAAAAUUGAUGGAGCAGUUGUUUUGAACAAUGGUCUCGUCAAGCUACCCGAUGGAAAUCUGGUUGCACCCAGCUCAAACACAAGCGCAAAUUACAUGGUGGUCGAAUUGACUGAGGGCGAAGAGAAUUCAGUAGUAUUCGAUCGCAGGACAGGUGAGCAAAUCCCAGAUGCUUACCUAGACAAGGAUGGUAUCAUACAUUUGCCGGAUGGAAGUUUGGCUAUCUCGGCAUCAGAAACUAUGGAUCGCUACCUUGUGGCACAAGAUAACCUGACAGGAGACCCUGUGAUGUUUGAUCGUCGACUCGGAACAGAACUAGUAAAUGCCACGCUCCACCAUAAUGGAAUGAUCAAAUUAGCCACUGGACAGCUCGUAGCUCCCUCCUCUCGAGAAGGCUAUAAAUACAUGGUAGUCACAAAUGAAGACGACCAAACCCUUCUAGUUUACGAUCGUUUUACAGGAGAACAGAUCAAGGGUGCACAGGUUGAUCCCAAUGGUUUGAUUCAGUUUGAAGAUGGACGCAUGGCCAUCGAGCCAUCAUCCAAACUAGAUAGAUAUGUUAUAAUGACGGACCCAAACAACGGUGAAAAACUAGUUUUCGACAGACGAACAGGUAGUCAUAUCAAGGAUGCUGUGUACAGUGAAGAUGGGUUGAUUCGCUUUCCAGACGGUAGGCGCGUUGCACCAGGUUCCACUGAUAACAGCUCACAGUAUCUAAUUUACUUCGACCCUACAACGAAGGAGAACUUGGUUUUUGACAGACAUACUGGUGAACAAGUCGAGGGUGCCUCAGUAGACUCACGAGGUUUCAUACUUCUUCCCGAUGGUAAAUUGCAUCUAGAUCAGAACCAAGUAAAGCAUAGGUACAUUGUUCUACAGGAGACAACCGAUAAUACCACAUUCGUAGUCGACACUAAAUCAGGCCAGAAAAUUGAUGGAGCAGUUGUUUUGAACAAUGGUCUCGUCAAGCUACCCGAUGGAAAUCUGGUUGCACCCAGCUCAAACACAAGCGCAAAUUACAUGGUGGUCGAAUUGACUGAGGGCGAAGAGAAUCCAGUAGUAUUCGAUCGCAGGACAGGUGAGCAAAUCCCAGAUGCUUACCUAGACAAGGAUGGUAUCAUACAUUUGCCGGAUGGAAGUUUGGCUAUCUCGGCAUCAGAAACUAUGGAUCGCUACCUUGUGGCACAAGAUAACCUGACAGGAGACCCUGUGAUGUUUGAUCGUCGACUCGGAACAGAACUAGUAAAUGCCACGCUCCACCAUAAUGGAAUGAUCAAAUUAGCCACUGGACAGCUCGUAGCUCCCUCCUCUCGAGAAGGCUAUAAAUACAUGGUAGUCACAAAUGAAGACGACCAAACCCUUCUAGUUUACGAUCGUUUUACAGGAGAACAGAUCAAGGGUGCACAGGUUGAUCCCAAUGGUUUGAUUCAGUUUGAAGAUGGACGCAUGGCCAUCGAGCCAUCAUCCAAACUAGAUAGAUAUGUUAUAAUGACGGACCCAAACAACGGUGAAAAACUAGUUUUCGACAGACGAACAGGUAGUCAUAUCAAGGAUGCUGUGUACAGUGAAGAUGGGUUGAUUCGCUUUCCAGACGGUAGGCGCGUUGCACCAGGUUCCACUGAUAACAGCUCACAGUAUCUAAUUUACUUCGACCCUACAACGAAGGAGAACUUGGUUUUUGACAGACAUACUGGUGAACAAGUCGAGGGUGCCUCAGUAGACUCACGAGGUUUCAUACUUCUUCCCGAUGGUAAAUUGCAUCUAGAUCAGAACCAAGUAAAGCAUAGGUACAUUGUUCUACAGGAGACAACCGAUAAUACCACAUUCGUAGUCGACACUAAAUCAGGCCAGAAAAUUGAUGGAGCAGUUGUUUUGAACAAUGGUCUCGUCAAGCUACCCGAUGGAAAUCUGGUUGCACCCAGCUCAAACACAAGCGCAAAUUACAUGGUGGUCGAAUUGACUGAGGGCGAAGAGAAUCCAGUAGUAUUCGAUCGCAGGACAGGUGAGCAAAUCCCAGAUGCUUACCUAGACAAGGAUGGUAUCAUACAUUUGCCGGAUGGAAGUUUGGCUAUCUCGGCAUCAGAAACUAUGGAUCGCUACCUUGUGGCACAAGAUAACCUGACAGGAGACCCUGUGAUGUUUGAUCGUCGACUCGGAACAGAACUAGUAAAUGCCACGCUCCACCAUAAUGGAAUGAUCAAAUUAGCCACUGGACAGCUCGUAGCUCCCUCCUCUCGAGAAGGCUAUAAAUACAUGGUAGUCACAAAUGAAGACGACCAAACCCUUCUAGUUUACGAUCGUUUUACAGGAGAACAGAUCAAGGGUGCACAGGUUGAUCCCAAUGGUUUGAUUCAGUUUGAAGAUGGACGCAUGGCCAUCGAGCCAUCAUCCAAACUAGAUAGAUAUGUUAUAAUGACGGACCCAAACAACGGUGAAAAACUAGUUUUCGACAGACGAACAGGUAGUCAUAUCAAGGAUGCUGUGUACAGUGAAGAUGGGUUGAUUCGCUUUCCAGACGGUAGGCGCGUUGCACCAGGUUCCACUGAUAACAGCUCACAGUAUCUAAUUUACUUCGACCCUACAACGAAGGAGAACUUGGUUUUUGACAGACAUACUGGUGAACAAGUCGAGGGUGCCUCAGUAGACUCACGAGGUUUCAUACUUCUUCCCGAUGGUAAAUUGCAUCUAGAUCAGAACCAAGUAAAGCAUAGGUACAUUGUUCUACAGGAGACAACCGAUAAUACCACAUUCGUAGUCGACACUAAAUCAGGCCAGAAAAUUGAUGGAGCAGUUGUUUUGAACAAUGGUCUCGUCAAGCUACCCGAUGGAAAUCUGGUUGCACCCAGCUCAAACACAAGCGCAAAUUACAUGGUGGUCGAAUUGACUGAGGGCGAAGAGAAUUCAGUAGUAUUCGAUCGCAGGACAGGUGAGCAAAUCCCAGAUGCUUACCUAGACAAGGAUGGUAUCAUACAUUUGCCGGAUGGAAGUUUGGCUAUCUCGGCAUCAGAAACUAUGGAUCGCUACCUUGUGGCACAAGAUAACCUGACAGGAGACCCUGUGAUGUUUGAUCGUCGACUCGGAACAGAACUAGUAAAUGCCACGCUCCACCAUAAUGGAAUGAUCAAAUUAGCCACUGGACAGCUCGUAGCUCCCUCCUCUCGAGAAGGCUAUAAAUACAUGGUAGUCACAAAUGAAGACGACCAAACCCUUCUAGUUUACGAUCGUUUUACAGGAGAACAGAUCAAGGGUGCACAGGUUGAUCCCAAUGGUUUGAUUCAGUUUGAAGAUGGACGCAUGGCCAUCGAGCCAUCAUCCAAACUAGAUAGAUAUGUUAUAAUGACGGACCCAAACAACGGUGAAAAACUAGUUUUCGACAGACGAACAGGUAGUCAUAUCAAGGAUGCUGUGUACAGUGAAGAUGGGUUGAUUCGCUUUCCAGACGGUAGGCGCGUUGCACCAGGUUCCACUGAUAACAGCUCACAGUAUCUAAUUUACUUCGACCCUACAACGAAGGAGAACUUGGUUUUUGACAGACAUACUGGUGAACAAGUCGAGGGUGCCUCAGUAGACUCACGAGGUUUCAUACUUCUUCCCGAUGGUAAAUUGCAUCUAGAUCAGAACCAAGUAAAGCAUAGGUACAUUGUUCUACAGGAGACAACCGAUAAUACCACAUUCGUAGUCGACACUAAAUCAGGCCAGAAAAUUGAUGGAGCAGUUGUUUUGAACAAUGGUCUCGUCAAGCUACCCGAUGGAAAUCUGGUUGCACCCAGCUCAAACACAAGCGCAAAUUACAUGGUGGUCGAAUUGACUGAGGGCGAAGAGAAUCCAGUAGUAUUCGAUCGCAGGACAGGUGAGCAAAUCCCAGAUGCUUACCUAGACAAGGAUGGUAUCAUACAUUUGCCGGAUGGAAGUUUGGCUAUCUCGGCAUCAGAAACUAUGGAUCGCUACCUUGUGGCACAAGAUAACCUGACAGGAGACCCUGUGAUGUUUGAUCGUCGACUCGGAACAGAACUAGUAAAUGCCACGCUCCACCAUAAUGGAAUGAUCAAAUUAGCCACUGGACAGCUCGUAGCUCCCUCCUCUCGAGAAGGCUAUAAAUACAUGGUAGUCACAAAUGAAGACGACCAAACCCUUCUAGUUUACGAUCGUUUUACAGGAGAACAGAUCAAGGGUGCACAGGUUGAUCCCAAUGGUUUGAUUCAGUUUGAAGAUGGACGCAUGGCCAUCGAGCCAUCAUCCAAACUAGAUAGAUAUGUUAUAAUGACGGACCCAAACAACGGUGAAAAACUAGUUUUCGACAGACGAACAGGUAGUCAUAUCAAGGAUGCUGUGUACAGUGAAGAUGGGUUGAUUCGCUUUCCAGACGGUAGGCGCGUUGCACCAGGUUCCACUGAUAACAGCUCACAGUAUCUAAUUUACUUCGACCCUACAACGAAGGAGAACUUGGUUUUUGACAGACAUACCGGUGAGCAAGUUGAAGGUGCUUAUGUUGAUGAACUGAAUAUGAUUCAUCUUCCUGACGGUGAUUUAUUUCUUCAGCCUGAUGUUUUAUAUCCGCGCUACAUGUCACUUUCUCGCAGCAGUGAUAAUUUUCCAGUGGUUUUGGAUUCUUCCACCGGUGAAAUUUUGAACGCAUCUUUUUUAGGUGGUUCUCUUUUCCGUUUAAAUAGUGGUGGAGUAAUCGCAGUGGGCAACUUAUCAGGUGGUCGUUUCGUUGUUUAUGAUGGUGUUGAUGUUGCAGUUCCACGUAUUUACGACACGUUGCUGGGUCACGCUGUACCAGGAGCUGUUCUUCGGCCUGAUGGUUGGAUUGAGUUUACGGAUGGCCUAGUCUUUCCUGUGCUUUCUUCUGUUCCUGUCGGUCAGCGCUAUUUUGUUUUUCGCAAUUCAUCCUCAGGGCAGGAAAUUGUUUAUGACGCUAUAUUAGGUUCAGCUGUUUCGGAUUCAUUUGUUGACGAAAACGGUGUCAUUCAUUUAACGAACGGAUCAAUUUUUAGUCCAAUCACUUAUAAUCACACUUCUUUUUUGUUUGACGAUCUUUCGGAACCUGCUUAUUCAUCAACACUUCGUGAACGUAAAAAUGCUUCUCUAUAUCAUAUUGUCUCAUUGAAUUCGACUACUAAAAUGCAACCUGAAGAAAUGGAUUUAAUUUCUACUGAUAAAGUCGAAAAAAUAACGAACGGCAGCUCAUGUGAAUGUAUCGAAGAUUUAUUCCGACGAGGUCUUUUGAGAUUGAAAGGAGAAAAGGGAGAUCGUGGUGAUGCAGGACCUAUGGGACCUGAAGGACCCCCUGGAACCUGUCCUGCAACUUGUGGAUCGAAUCUAUCGACUGUUAUACAAGGACCUAAAGGUGAUCCCGGUCCUCCUGGAGUUUGUACCAUUGAUCAAUGCAAAGAAGCUGCAAUACCCGGACCUCAAGGACCUCCAGGAGAAAAAGGAGAAAAAGGUGAUCCAGGAGAAGUAGAUCUUACAAAUGAUCAGUCGAUUUCAGUUAUUAAACAAGCCAUUCACGAUUUUAUAUUACAACCAGAAAUUCAAAAACAAUUUCGUGGUCCAAAAGGUGAUCCAGGUGAAUGUUCAUGUUUAAGUGAUGCAGCAGAUAAUUCUUCACCGAAAAAAUAUUCAAAUAAUGAAUUAAAUAAUUCAAAAAAUAAUCAUAAUACUAAUAGUAAUAAUAAUGGUGAAAUUUCAGGUUAUGGUGCAAUGGUCUUGAAUACUGAAAUGGAUUUAAGCAAAGUAUCACAUACUUUUCCUGUUGGUACAAUGGCUUAUAUUAAAGAAGCGGAUACAUUCUACUUAAAAACAAUAGAACAAACUAAUACAUGGCGUAUUAUAAAUUUGCUGUCGAAAGCAGAUGCAAUUAAUUUACCAAUUCCAAAACCAACACCAGUUCCUGUAUUUGAACCACAAUAUUAUCCAGUUCAUAAAGGGAAAAAGCUUUAUUUAAUUGCACAAAACAAACCAUUACGUGGUGAUUUGAAAUACAAUGAUCGAAUAACUGGUGCACAUGCUGGUUCAAUUUUUGCAUGUCAACGUGCAGCAAAUCUUAAAGGUCUCGGAAGAGCAUUCUAUCCACUACUCAGUACAGAUAUGUUCAAUAUGGAUUAUGUUGUACCGCCAACAUAUAGAUAUGGUGUUCCUUUGGUUAAUUUAUAUGGUGAAAUUCUCUUUGAUGAUUUUAUGAGUCUUGUUGAAGGACGUUCAAAGCCACAAGCGAAAUUAUUGGAUUUUGAUGGUGUUGAUAUAACAGAUGAUAUUGUUGCACCAUGUUUAUGGAUUGGUCAAAAACCAAUUUAUUUAAAUGGUGAUUAUGAAUAUGCAGCUCAGUCAAAAUGUCGUAAUUGGCAGUCAACUUAUCCAGGUGAAAAUGGUUUAGCUGUGUCUUUACCAAUUGUUGACAAUGCACCAGGUUUAUUUUCUAAACAAAAUUUUAAAUUAAUAUCAUGUUCGAAAUUUUGUCGAAUGUUAUGCAUACAAAUCACACCAUCCAAUACGUAA